AUGACCACGUUCAAGGACCUUUUGGAUGGUUCAUUGGGCCGACAACCACGAAAUAUUCGGGUGGUUGAUUAUGAUGAGGAAGAUGAUUGGAACAACUCUCGUAAAAGUUCGAAUAACCAUCAAGCAGAGUUAAGCCAUCUUCAGCAUUGCCGUGUAGAAUCACCUUUACAUUCAAUCCAACACACCAGAGCACGGCCAAACCACAGUCCAAUAUUUUCCGCAGACUCCACCUACAGUACAAGAAUGGAUCUUUCAGAUUUGACAGACGUCGGUCCAACUAACGCGCGUGACGAUAUAGAUUCACAGAAAAUCCGGUUGUACUUUCCCCCAAAUCAUCAGAACAAUACCUAUUGUAGUAGAAGCUUACUGCCUACUGAAUCUCCGUAUUUGCUCCAGUCACAUGCUCCAAUAAACGAUACCGAUCUUGCUAAUGAAAGAGCCAGUCAUUAUCAUUGCGCAAUGGAGGAGCAAAAACAUAGAAACAAGCACAUUGAUGAAAGAUCAACCAGUCCGGCUUCCAGUUCAGAUCCAGCGGAAGUUCUCACUUCGCCGCGACAGCAUUCCAAGCACCGACAACAUCUAUCUCAUCGUCAUCGGACCGCUAAUUUGAGUAAAGAUCCUCAUUUAUAUCACAGUACAAUUAAUUCUGGUCAAUUAAAUCAUCAGCAUUCUUCCCCGCUGGCUGACAGGCAUCGCCAGCAAAAUAUCUGUCAUCGAUAUCAUGAAAUCGGUCAGCCGGCAUCCUGUUCUCCAGUUUGUGAUUCUGGUAUCAGAGAAGACGACAGGUCAUCUUCGGUCCAGUCAAAUCAUCGAGAUCGCUUAUCUAGUUGCGAUGACAUAAACGCAAUGUGUUCAAUAGUUGGUACGGGAACAACAACUACCGCAACCAUGUCCGGCAAUCUUCUAUCUCCAUUGCCUAACGUCACUGUAGCGAAUUAUCAUCAUCGUGCCAGCUCCGGUAUCUCCUGCGAAUCAUCAACCUCCUCGCCCAGUAUUAGGAAUCAUGGUACGCUUGAGAACUGCGUGACUGAGAGGCAUCGAAAUUUAUCCCGUCAUAAUCACGUGAUACAGCCUUAUGCUCUGGAUCCUCCUCAACGUGUUCAGAGUGUUCAUCCGCGUGAAACAAAGAGUCCACUUCUUAUUGGUUAUCCUGUGCUUCAAAUAGUACGCUGUCGUCUAGGUCCUGAAGCUCCGAUGGAAGGAACAAUAGGGUAUCCUUUCACAAUGGCCCCACACUCUCAUUCACAUUUACCACGUACUGGAUAUAAUACUCACUUGUCACGGAAUCAGUAUCGUCAUCCUUGUGGAACAGAUAAUGGCGAAGGAAAUUGUUGUAAAAAGUAUGUCGUGCUUUGCUGUCUCUGUGGGGGUCUCAGUGCCGCUGUUGGAUGUCUCUUCCUCGCUGUUCAUGCCGUAUUAUCAGCCCACACAGCAAGUCUUGCGCUAUUUGAAACUGUACCAUCAUACAUUCCAGGAAUAAUGUUGAUAUUGAUGGGCCUGUUUACGAUGAUUUUAGCAAGACGCAAACACCGAUACGGUAUUUUGAUGAAAGUAUGCGGUUCAGUUGGAGUCGUAUGUGCACUAGUCUGUGUCCUCGUCACGGUCACAACAACAGUCGUCCACAUGUCAAGGCUGCAAGGUCUUCGCGAGUGCGUUUAUACAGCACGUGCAAGAUCAUGCACUUGUUACGGGGCACCCCAAGGUCGCGGUGGUGAUCCAGGUGUGUUAUUUGAAGGUACUCCUCACUGCGAAGCUGUCCAUGGUGCCCUUUAUGCUUGUUUAAGAGCGCUAUUCGGUGUUUCUGUAGCUGGUAUUUUAGCUUGCAUAUUUUCUUGUAUGCUAGUUUAUCAAUUACUCAGUCACGAAAAGAAAAAAAUGUACUGGGAACAGCUUGAACUGAGAUCUCUGUAUGGACAUGGAGGUGGCGGAAAUAUGGCUGGCGCACCAGUAGGUUCUUGUGGUUGCUGUAAUGACUGUGGUGGCGUUAAUCCUUGGUGGGCACAAACUCCAGGGAAUUUAUAUACUCCAAAUCCUGAUUUAGCACCGUCUAGAAGAUGGCGGUUACCCUGGUCACGGUCACGAGGUCCGGCACCGACUCCCGAUUCCAAUUACGGCUUUCAUGCACAAUCUAUGAGACAAGCUGCCGAUAUUAAUGAUUCAACACGAGAAAACACUACGGCAAUACCGAACCCCUAUGGUCUUCUUGACUCCCGACAACCUCACGCUUCUUACUCCGUCCUUAAUGCUCAAAACACGUCUUACACAGCAAGCACCGAGUCUUACAGUGUGCUUGAAACUCCUGUCCCUCUAUGGGGACCUCCGCCUCCAUACAGUGAUCCCAAUAGUCCAGCAAGAAGGCCACAAAUAGUUGAACCCAAAGUAGCAUCUUCUGCUGGUUCUACGACCUCCUCUACACCAGCCACUGGUGCGUCCCCAGCUCAGCCAUUGCCUCCUUCAUUGAGAAUUGACACCGUUAAGAGGACAGCCGAUAAUUUUGAAGCUGUUAGAAAUAACUACUCAGAUCUUCAUGGAUCGAGAACCCUUCAGCAUUGUACGCCUUCCGAUAACUACGAGAAUACUGAAAAACUAUCAAACACUACUGAACCAGAAUGCAGUGGGGCGCAUGAAGGGGCAGCUAUAAAAACCAGACGGUCAAGAAGAAAUUUGAAGGGUGUUGAAAAUGACGGUUUUCAAAAAGAACCGAAUAACCAAAUGUCAAAUAGUAAACAAUCUGAAAGUGAAUUAUACUUUGGAGAUGUUUCAUCUUGUUGCGGACCUGAAAGCAGUUUAUAUGAAAUGACCGUCGACAAAGAAUUAACAGACGAGAUUCUGCAACAACAACAACAACAACAACAACAACAACAAGAACAACAACAGCAGCAACAGCAAUCAGAUUACAUGCCAUCACGAAUGGCCAAACAACGUCUUUCAAAGCGAUCUCGACUCCCACUUCCUCUAUUACCUCAGAAUCAAACGUCAUCCCAUGAAGAUAUAAAUCUUGAUGGUGCGAAUGAACGAAGUUAUAGCAAUAGUGAUGAAACAAUGACAACUUCAGGGGCAUUUCUAGCUCCGGAUGCCCAGUAUGAAGUUAUUCAACAAGGCGCGCAUUAUGGUUACUACAUUUCUAAAGAGAAUGACUAUCGAGAUGCGCCAUCAAGCUACUCGUUUUACCCACGAGAUCCAGCUAAUUCUGAAAUUCCACACGAAUAUCGAGGGAUCGUUAAAGACGAAGAUAAUGAACAUAGUAAUUCAUUGAGCGGAGUUGGUAGUUUAGAUGAUGAUUUAUCACACGACAAAGUAGUUAGUAGAAGAACCGAACAUCAGUGCUGUACGAAUAACGUUACAGACAUUAAUUCCGAAUGGCAGAAUGUGGAGCAACAGUCAAACUCAGACGACGGUGUCUGUCCAAUAAAUGUUUGA